AUGGCGCUGAUCACUUUCAAAAUAAAUGGGAAACAAUAUGAAGCCGAUGGUAGAUACGGUCCAGAAGUAUCUCUAAAUGACUACAUAAGAAGUGUAGUAACACUAAGUGGUACUAAAGCCAUGUGCCAUGAGGGAGGUUGUGGGGCCUGCAUCGUGAGUGUCCAAGCGUCACUACCACCUAGCUAUGAAGUUAAGACGUUUGCUGUUAAUUCGUGUCUUGUUUCCAUUUUAUCGUGUCACGGAUGGGAAAUCACGACGGUGGAAGGAAUAGGAAACAGGAUAAUUGGCUAUCAUGAAAUUCAGAGUAGACUGGCCAAAUUUAACGGUACUCAGUGUGGUUACUGUACUCCUGGUUGGGUUAUGAACUUUUACAGUCUUUACAUGUCUAAAAAUGGAAAGCUAACAGCAGAAGAAAUAGAAAAUUCAUUUUCUAGUAACAUAUGCAGAUGUACUGGAUAUAGACCAAUUGCUGAUGCUUUUAAGAGUUUUGCCACUAAUCCUGGCCAAAAUAUUGAUAAAAAACUUAAAGAUAUUGAAGAUUUAGAUUUAUUCAAUACGUGUGGUGUUAAAUGUAAAGAAAAUUGUCACCAUAAGAAAUGUUACAAUGCUAAUGAUAGUUUCAAAGAUAAUGAUUGGUGUAUUCUUAAUAAAGAUGAUAAUGAAGUCAGAGUAUUACAAUCCCAACAGUAUAAGUGGUCUAAAGUGUAUAGUUUACGACAGGCGUUUAAAGCUAUGAAUGAAUCUGAUAAUUAUAAAUUGAUUGCUGGUAAUACUGGACAAGGUGUUUACCACGUCACAAGUUAUCCAGAUAAUGUGAUCGAUAUAUUCAGUAUUGCUGAACUAAAGGGUCACACACAAGAUGUGAACUUAAUACUCGGAGCAGGAACAACACUUACUGAUAUGGUUGAAAUAUUUCAACAUUUAUCAUCGGAAAAUGAAGACUUUGCGUAUUUAAAAGAAUUUUGCAACCACGUGGAUUUGGUGGCCCACAUUCCUGUAAAAAAUAUUGGAACAAUCGGAGGGAAUUUGUAUCUUAAAUAUUUAAAUAAUGAAUUUCAAUCGGACCUCUUUGUUCUGUUUGAAACGGUUGGUGCUAUGGUAACUAUUGCAGCUAGUGUGAAUGAAAGUAAAAUAAUGAGCUUAGAGGACUUUUUGAAAUAUGACAUGAGGAAAAAAAUAAUUUUAAAUGUUGUUCUACCGCCUCUGCCAAGCUACUGCUGCAUUAAAACUUACAAGAUCAUGCCCAGAUCACAAAAUGCUCAUGCAGCUGUCAAUGCUGGAUUUUUCUUCAAAUUUAAAAAGGACAGUCGAGUUUUAGAAAAUAUAACGAUGGUGUUUGGUGGAAUAUCGUCUCAAUUCACACACGCUAUUCAGACAGAAACUAUUUUAAAAGAAAAAGAUCCAUUCACGGAUGAAGUCCUGCAAAGAGCACUUAAAACUUUAUAUGACGAAAUGAUUGUAGAAACGGCGCCAACGGAACCUUCGCAGACUUAUCGGAAAUUACUAGCUGUUUCUUUGUUUUAUAAAGCAAUCCUUCAUCUAUGUCCUGGUGAUAAAUUAAACCCUAGAUAUAAAUCUGGGGCAGAAGUCAUAAAGAGAAUAAUAUCACAAGGAACCCAAAUGUACGAAACUGAUAAAACUAUUUGGCCUUUAAACCAACCUAUACCAAAACUAGAAGCAUUACUACAAUGUAGUGGUGAAGCAUUAUUUGCAAAUGAUUUACCGAAACAAAAUGACGAAGUAUUUGGUGUAUUUGUAACUGCUGAUGUGCCUGCUGGAAGUAUUAUUAAGAAAUGUGAUGCAAGUGAAGCCUUGAAAUUACUUGGGGUAGUUUCUUUUUAUUCAGCGAAAGAUGUUCCCGGUGAGAACACAUUCACACCUCCAGCUAUUCCAUUAACAGCUGAUAAAGAAGAAAUAUUAUGCUCCAAAACUGUUAAAUAUCAUGGACAACCAGUUGGAAUUAUAGUUGCAAGUAAUCAAAAGCUUGCUACUCGUGCUGCGAAGCUAGUUAAAGUUGAAUACGAAUCAAUUAGUACCAAUAAACCACUUUUGACAAUAGCAGAUGUUCUGAAAUCGCCUGAAAAAGAAAAAAGAGUGAAAACGUUUAAAAUAAUUGAACCUACAGAAACUGGGAAGGAUGUUAAAUGUGUUUUUUAUGGUGAAAUAAAUAUGGGGUCUCAAUAUCAUUAUUAUAUGGAGACUCAGACUUGUGUAACAGUGCCGAAUGAAGAUGGUCUGGAUGUAUAUGCAGGGACGCAGUGGUUGGAUGCGACUAGUAUAGCUGUGGCAAAUUGUUUAAAUGUACCUCUAAAUCGGGUGAACGUAACCGUCAAAAGAGUAGGAGGAGCUUACGGCGGCAAAAUAACAAGAUCGUUACAGGUCGCGUGUGCUGCUGCAAUCGUAUCGCAUUUACUAAAUAAAACGUGCAGAUUCGUUCUGUCUUUGCAAGAUAAUAUGAAGAUUGUUGGAAAACGAGCGCCUACGUACUGUAACUUUGAGGUGGGCGUAAGUAAGCAAGGGGAAAUUCAGUAUUUGAAACUGAAAUACUAUCAAGAUUUGGGCUGUGCAGAAAAUGAAAUUAUAGCUGGUCUUACUUUGGGACAUAUUAUUGGCAAUUGUUAUACCACUAAGCGAUGGACGUUUGAAACUUAUACUGUUCAUACUGAUACGCCUUCCACGACUUGGUGUAGAGCACCAGGAUCAAUGGAAGCUAUUGCAAUAACUGAAUACAUAAUGGAGAAAAUAGCUUACACACUAAAAAAAGAUCCUAUCGAAGUUCGUGUAAUCAACAUGAAAAAAGACGACCCAUUACCAGAAUUAAUAAAUCAAUUGAAAACAGACUCUGACUUCCACAAUAGAGAGUUAAUUGUGCAACAAUUUAAUAAAGAAAACAGAUGGAGGAAGCGUGGCUUAAAAAUAAUGCCAAUGACUUAUGAAUUAUUUUACAUAGGUCCAUACAACGCCUUAGUAUCUAUUUACCAUGCUGAUGGUACAGUUUCUGUUACACAUGGUGCUAUUGAAAUGGGCCAAGGGGUUAAUACUAAAGUAGCUCAAGUGUGUGCUUAUGUACUUGGAAUUGAUCUAGAUAAUAUUUCUAUAAAACCUAGUAAUAGUUUUACUUCCCCUAAUUGCAUGGCGACUGGAGCGAGUGUUGGUAGCGAAUGUGUAGCGUAUGCUACUAUGAAAGCUUGUGAGAUACUUCUAGAAAGAUUAAAACCUAUUAGGGAUGAAUUAGAUAAACCAGAAUGGAAGGAACUAAUACAAAAAGCACAUGCUUCAGGAAUUUACUUACAGGCGUCUUAUAUGUAUUCUACUAAUGAGCCUGUUAAACCUUAUGAUAUUUAUGGUGUAGUAGCGUUAGAAGUAGAAGUUGAUUGCUUGACUGGAAACCAUGAAGUAAAGAGGGUUGAUCUACUUGAAGAUACUGGAAGAAGUUUGAGCCCUGAAAUAGAUGUAGCUCAAAUUGAAGGGGCGUUUGUAAUGGGAUUGGGUUAUUGGACAUCGGAGAAAUUAAUCUAUGACAAGAAUACGGGCGAACUUCUGACGACUCGCACUUGGAAUUAUAAGCCCCCUGGUAUUAAGGAUAUACCAGCUGAUUUUAGGGUAUAUUUUAGAAGAAAUUCAACGAAUUCCUGUGGUGUUUUGCAAUCUAAAGCAACCGGAGAACCAGCCCUUUGCUUAGCUGCAGUGAUCACCCAUGCUUUCCGAGACGCCAUAUCUGCCGCGCGUCUCGAUGCAGGCUAUGAAGAGCAGUGGGUGGAUAUUGAAUAUCCGUGUACCAUUGAAAACCUGUAUAUGGCUGUUGGUCACAAGCUGGAACAUUUUAUCAACAUGCAGCUUCGAAAGCACAUGAAAAUUGCAGCUGGUUGCAUGGGUGCAGCCAUAUUUGGAAUUCUCUUCGGUUGGGUAUUAUUCCCUGUUAUUCUUAAAGGCCAGUUGAAAAAGGAAAUGGCGCUGUCUAAGAAGACUGACGUCCGCAAAAUGUGGGAGACAAUACCUUUCGCCUUGGACUUUAAAGUUUAUCUGUUUAACUAUACGAACCCGGACGAGGUGCAAAAGGGUGGAAUACCUAUCGUUAAGGAGGUUGGACCUUAUUAUUUUGAAGAGUGGAAAGAGAAGGUAGACAUCGAAGAUCAUGAAGACUCAGAUACUAUAACAUAUAAAAAGCGAGACACAUUUUACUUCAAGAAGGAACUUUCUGGACCUGGUCUAACUGGUGAAGAAGAAUUGGUUUUACCCCAUAUGUUCAUGAUUAGCAUGGCAACAGUGGUGUCCCGUGAUAAGCCAGCCAUGUUAAGCAUGUUAGGAAAGGCGUUUAACGGAAUUUUCGAUGGUCCGGAGACCAUUUUCUUGAAAGUAAAAGCAUUGGAUCUUCUAUUUAGAGGUGUGAUUAUAAAUUGUGCUCGCACUGAAUUCGCUCCGAAAGCUGUUUGUACUGCAUUGAAGAAAGAAGCAGCCGAUAGCUUGAUAUUUGAACCGAAUAAUCAAUACAGGUUUUCGUUAUUUGGUAUGCGUAAUGGCACAAUAGACAAACACGUGGUCACAGUCAAGCGAGGUAUUAAAAACGUCAUGGAUGUUGGUAAGGUAGUAGCUAUUGACGGUAAAGCGGAACAAGAAGUGUGGAGAGAUUCUUGCAACGAGUUCCAGGGGACUGAUGGGACAGUAUUCCCGCCUUUUCUGACUGAAUUUGAUAGACUGGAAUCAUUUUCUGGAGAUUUGUGUCGAACAUUCAAACCCUGGUACCAGAAAAAGACAUCAUACCGAGGUAUCAAAACCCACAGAUACAUUGCAAACAUAGGAAACCUGGCCAACGAUCCUGAACUUCAAUGCUACUGUAUUUCCCCUGACAAUUGCCCUCCCAAAGGCCUGAUGGACCUCUCUAAAUGUUUAGGAGCACCUAUGUAUGUGUCUCUGCCACAUUACUACGAUAGUGACCCAGAAUUAUUGAAGACUGUUAAAGGAUUGAACCCAGAUGUUGAAGAACAUGAAAUUGUUAUUGACUUUGAACCGAUAACUGGGACACCAAUGGUUGCGAAGCAAAGGGUACAAUUCAACAUAAUACUAUUGCAAACGGAGAAGAUGGAACUCUUUAAGGAUUUACCGAACACCAUGGCGCCUUUGUUUUGGAUUGAAGAGGGUCUCUCCCUCAACAAGACGUUCGUGAACAUGCUAAAACAUCAACUCUUCAUCCCGAAGCGGAUCGUGGGUGUGGUUCGCUGGUUGCUAGUGGCAACCGGCAUCUUGGGUGUGCUGGCUUGCCUCGUGUUCCACUUCAAAGACCACAUAAUGCGCUUCGCGAUAACAACCGAUUCGCCUGCUAAAGUGAAGCCAGAAAAUGGAGAGGUUAAAGAUAAUAAUGGGAGCGUCAUUCAGACACCCACCAAAAUUGAAAUGUAAUAAUUUUCUAAGCUUAUAAAGCUGGAUAAGCUCUCUUUAAUUUGCUCGUUUUGUAACGUUUCAAAUUUUAUAAAAAAAAUACUAAACUUUAAAUUAAUUUUUAAUCUGUA